UUUUUUCUCAAGUUUUACCCAUCAAUAUAACUUUAUAAAGUCAGAUACUUCCGAAUAUUUGAUGAACGUUACUCCUUUAACCACACACCUGGCUUAUGCUAAAACAAAAAAUAAACACCUGUUGUGGCCCAAGGCCCUGCCUCCUGCUUCCUGCUUCCUGCCUCCUGCCUGUCAGACAGCGGUGAGGGCAAACUCAACGACGUCUGUAUUGACGUACCGAGUUGGAAUGUGAAGCAUGGCUGGGGAAGGCGAGAAGAAACCAGUGCUGGAGAUGGUCCAGGCUGACGGGGCCGAUGAGGGCUGUGUGACGUUUGUGCUGCACGAUGAAGACCACACACUGGGCAACUCCCUCAGAUAUAUGAUUAUGAAGACCGUGGAUGUGGACUUUUGUGGCUACACCAUCACCCAUCCGUCUGAGAGCAAGAUCAACUUUCGCAUUCAGACACGAGGGGGGGUUCCAGCAACAGAGCCGCUGCGGAGAGGCCUGAAUGACCUCACUGAUGUCUGUCAACAUGUUCUCAACACGUUUCAGGCGAGAGUUAAUGAGUUCAAAGAGAGGCAGGAGCAGCCCAUGGAAUGAAGACCAUUGCACAUGUGUGACUAUGAAGCUGUCAGACUGUUUUUACAGACCUUCUUUGUCAUGUCAUGAUCAUGUCACAUUUGAUCAUGUCACAUUUAAACAUUUGUACAGUUUUGUAUUAAGUUGGGAUUGAUGUAUGAUUUGUCAUUGUGUAUCAGUCCUUUGUUCAUCAGUCCUGGAUUUUUGGAAUGAUUAGUGUAAUAAAUUUAAGAUAUUAAACUAAAUCAACCAAGA